AUGCACACUGGCGACUCGCCCAGUGGCCUGCAGGGUCUGCUACAGUACUUCCGCCUGGUGGAGGGAUGCUGGGACACGAUCCAAUCGUUUGAAGCCACGUCAGCAGCACCGCCCCUGCGCUACAACUGGAUCGUGCGGGCCCGCCUCGACUCCCUCUGGACCGCCCCCGCCCCCAUCCAACCCCCGCCGCCCAUCCUGCCGCCCAGCGUUCCCCCUAUAGCCACCACCACCGCCGCUGCUCCAGCAGCAGCAGCAACAGCAGCAGCAGCAGCAGCAGCAGCAGCUAUUCUUAAUGGCAGUGGGGUGGGUGGUGGGCUGGCCUACAUGAUUCCAUAUGGGUCGGACUGGUGGGGGCUGAACGACCGGUUUGGGAUGGGAGGCAGGCAGGCGAGUGCAGUUGCGAUGAAGCGGCUGAGUGCGCUGGCACUGCUGGCAAGGAGCAAGAUGCGAGGCCUCAACUCAGAGCGGGCCUUUAAAGCCCAGCUAUCUUUUGGGGGCAUCACGGUGCAACGGGCCAACCUGUCCUUCUGUGUUCUCUCCCAGCGCACCUAUCGCGACGGCUGUGCCCCCACCGUCUACUCCCUCAACUCCUCCGUUCCGCUAAACGGCGCCAAAUGCCGCCCGUGCAGCCGCCCGUGUGCUACAGGUGAACAGGCCCGAGCUCUCCUCUCCCGUGUCGCCCCUUCCGCUCCCAACUGGCCGGGCCCAGCAGCAGGGGAGGGCGAGGUGGGGGUGUGUGACGCGGCGAGGGGGUGGGAGGAGGGGUGGGAGGGGGAGUUUGAUGCUGUUAUGGGGGGGGAGAUGGCGGAGGGGCGGAGGAAGGUGAUGCGGGAAGCCAUGGGGAGCAUUGAAGAGUGUGUGAAGGCGUGGGAAGAGGUGAGUGGCGAUAGUGGAGAAGAGGAGGGGUGGGAGGGGGAGUUUGAUGCUGUUAUGGGGGAAGAGAUGGCGGAGGGGCGGAGGCAGGUGGUGCGGGAGGCAAAAGGGAGCAUUGAAGAGUGUGUGAAGGCGUGGGAUGAGGUGAGAUUGAGAGGGGUUGGGAGUGGGAGAGGUGAGAUUGAAAUGAGGAGGGGUGAUGCUUCAAAUGGUGCUGCCUGCAUUUUACUUUUGUUCCUUCGUGCCAACAGCGGUGGAGUGAAGAGGAGGUUGGUGAGGGAUGAUACGAAUGCUCAUGGUGCUGCUCAUCAGCAUGAGGAGGUUGAUGAUACGAAUGCUCAUGGUGCUGCUCAUCAGCAUGAGGAGGUUGAUGAUACGAAUGCUCAUGGUGCUGCUUUUGCUUCCCUUUCAUUCCUUGGUGUGAACAGCCAGGUGGUGGUUGCGGUGGAGGGCAGUCAAGACAGCAAUGCGCUUCUUACAAACCAGUUGUCACAGGAGGGGGAUGAGGGGAGUAGCAGCGGUGGAGUGAAGAGGAGGAUGCUGAGGGAUGAUACCACCAAGGCUCAUGGUGCUGCUGUAGCAUCUGACACUGUAGCAGCUGACACUGUAGAAUUUGACACUGUAGCAUCUGACACUGAAACAACUGACACUGUUGCACCUGACACUGUAACACCUGAGACUGUACAACAUGGCAACAUUGCACCUGGCACUCUAGACGCUGAUACUGGCACUGUAGCAACAGCUGUGGAUGCGGGAGUGCUCAGGGCAUGGAAAGAGGAUCUGGGCCGUCGGAUCAAAGGCAUCUCCAUCUCGCACCGUCCGCUCGCAUGGCUGCUAUCUGAAGCAGAGAAAGAAGGCGCUCCAAUCGAUGUUCUCCUGGUGAGUGAGUGA